GAAGCUGCCUGUUACUCCUCAUUGCGCUGCUUUUUAUUUAUAUAUAUACACACGGUAUAUAUAUAUACUAACGGGAGAGAGAGGCUCUCGCGUCCGUUCGUAUAAUUACUUCGCUCGCUAGACCUUCACUACAUGGCGGACUCAAUUCCCCAGGUACAAAUCGAGCUCCCAGGAGACGUCGAGAUGGAGGAAUCAACAGCCCCGACGGCAGAAGAAGACCCUUCAGCAGAAACGACCAAGGACGAAGAGAAGGAUAAAGAGUCAGGGGACCAGGAGACACAGCCGCCAGCCGAACCCGAAGUCCACAGCCAGCAGGCGGUUUUCCUCAACUAUCUUACAUCGCCCAUAGUACAAUUGGUGUUGGGCAAAGACGAAGAGCAAACAAUACUCACAGCGCACCAGGCUGUCCUUGAGUCGAGUCCUUUCUUCGCUGCGAAACUCGCCCAGUGCGAGCAGACAGGCGAGCGGCGCAUCCACCUUGAAGACGAAUUGACAGACACAGUAGCAUGUUUCCUCCAAUUUCAAUAUACAGGAGAAUACUUCCCCCGUCUCCUCCCGUCGGGAAAAGACCUUGAACAAGACCCAGCGAUUCCCAAGGUCGAUGCAAGCGGCGAGCAGCUCCUUAAACACGCUCGUAUCUACAGUCUGGCCGAAAAGCUCGGAAACGAAAAACUCAAACUGCUUGCUCAGAACAAGAUUGGUAGCAUCGAGAGUAGUGCUACGGGUGAGAUCGAGUAUGCGAGAUACGUGUACAGCCAUACCACGCCGGAAGACACUGCUAUCAGAGGACCGGUUGCUCGCUUCUGGGCUAAGAUGAGUGAUGUGCUGCGUCAUGAUGCUGAAGAGCAGUUCAAGGCAUUGUGUCUUGAGCAUCCCCAGUUCAGUUUCGAUUUGCUUAAUCGGGUGUUGGACAUGAAGGAGAAGAGGGCCAGGGAGCGUGAUAACACCAGUAGCCCGGCAUUCAAGGGCCCAGCGAGAAAGAGGUCUAGAGCUUUCUAG